GAACUGCAAGACCUUGGUCGUGACCCACCCUCGAACUGCAGCGCUGGCCCCGUCGGCGAGGACCUAUUUCACUGGCAAGCCACUAUUAUGGGCCCCCCGGACAGCCCCUACACUGGCGGUGUCUUCUUCCUGUCGAUUCACUUCCCCACAGACUACCCCUUCAAGCCUCCGAAGGUGAGCUUCACAACUAGGAUUUACCAUCCCAACAUCAACAGCAACGGCAGCAUCUGCUUGGAUAUCUUACGUGACCAGUGGAGUCCAGCGUUGACCAUUUCUAAGGUCCUUUUGUCGAUCUGCUCAAUGCUGACCGACCCCAACCCCGACGACCCACUUGUGCCCGAGAUUGCGCACAUGUACAAGUCAGAUCGUCCACGUUACGAGGCUCUUGCCAAGGAAUGGACCCGAAAGUACGCCAUGUAA